GUUGUCUCUUAAUUGACGAGAUAUCUGGUCAGUGGCGUUGAAAGAGUUAAAGACUUUCUGCAGACAUGCACUUGCACCCUCAGUCACCUGCGCUUCCACAAGAGACUUCACUUGCAAUCUUUUUUAUUUUUUAAAUUGAAUCUCUCUUGCACCUGAUUUUAUAAGCAUACGCAUGGGCGUCGCUAGGCCAUUUUUAGGGGGGCUUUAGCACCCCUAAAUUUCUGCUCAGCCCCCCUAAAAAUCUUGCGAUUCUUUCCCUUUAAAUUUCAAAUGAAAAUGGCAGCAGACUUCGGCUCCUCCGCAUCUUUCUGCGCGUUCUUCAAUCCAGACUGCGGUGGCGCAGAGGAGAGGACAAGGGUUUGCUGGAGUGUUUCAUGAUCUUCUGCGGCCUGCAGCUAUCUGCUCCUCCUCCAGUGAAGCUCCUCCCACAACAAGCACACCUUCAGUGAAGCUCCUCCCACAGCAAUCACUCCUUCAGUGAAGCUCCUCCCACUGCAGUUCAGCAAUAAAUGCUGGAAUAUUCCCAUCAGUCUACAAGUGAAGACGAGCAUCAGAGCAUCAGGAAGAAGAGAAAUCUGCAGAGACAGAGUUUAUUGAAGGACAGAGAGAACAUGAGAGAUCCAGAACCCUGCAGAAUGAAACACACUGAAGAACAAACAGAUCUGAAAGAGAAGAAACAUGUCAAAACUGGAGGAAAAACUCGCUCACAGACGGAAAGUGUUUCUUUACUGAAAAGAAGAAAAGACAAGAAAAGGUUCACCUGCACUCAGUGUGGAAAGAGUUUCACAUACAAACAGCAUCUCAGUGUUCACAUGAGGAUCCACACUGGAGAGAAACCAUUCACAUGUGAUCAGUGCGGGAAGAGUUUCACACAACAAGGACACCUUCAGAGACACAUGAUCAUCCACACUGGAGAGAAACUGCAUGAAUGUGAUCAAUGCGGUAAAACAUUUUUGAGGGCUUCAGUCCUGAAGGAGCACAUGAACAUUCAUACGAAGGAGAAACCACAUUCAUGUUCUUUAUGUGGAAAGAGUUUUUCACAUCUGCAGAAUUUAAAAGUUCAUCAGAAGAUACACACCGACGCAGUAGUGCAGCUCUUCUGUGGAUCUUCACCUGAUGUUUACUGCUCCUCUCAAGACGACUUCAAACUAUGAUAUACAGCAUUUAUCAUCUUCUGGUGAUUGAACUCAAUCAGGGACUUCUGGUGAUGGAUGU